CUUGUGCUAUUUGUUAUCCCGCAUCUUUCUCUCUAACAUUUUUAUUAUAUCCAAUGUCCUCGAAUAAAUGCGUAUAUUAUAUUUGAUGUUCUGCUAUAUCAGUUGUAUGAAAGUUGUUCAGGAAAUUGGGGAGCAAAGCGUUCAAUACAACCAUCCACCGCCUCAGAUGGAGGAAUAUUUUGAUCCUUUACAAUGCAGCAGCUCUCUGCAGAUCGGUUACAAUCAGUGUGUUUCAGAUCAGGCCACUGUUAAAGCUUCUGCAGCAAAUGGAUUCGUCCCUGGUUGGAUGCUUUGAUUGUUUUUAACUACAAUUACAGAAUUAAAAAUCUUCAUACAUAUAUAAAUACCAAGGUUAGAGCACAAUAAGCAAAACCAAACCUAUAUUUUACUGUCUAUAUGUUAGUAUGAAGCGAUGAUCGAAAUGUAAGGCGAUAUCCCCCUUUUGUUGUAAUAAUCUGGAUAAAAUAUUGAAUAUUAUAAGAGUAAAGCUUAGUUACUCAUUAUAUAUAUGAUCGAAAUGUGAGGCGGUGCCCCCAUUUUGUUGCAAAA